AUGUCGCAGUCAGGGUCAGGUGGAUUGCAUGACAUUCAAGGACAAAGUCAAGCUGGACAAACGACCGACAAUCAACAGACAACGUGCCAGAACGGUCGUGCUGAGCCGCUCGCCAAUACUACGAAACAGGAUCUUUCCAACGGUUUCGAAAAUCGAACGAUGGAUUACGAGAAAUUUACUCAAGAAAAAACACAGAAUACCUUAGUUGCAGGAGAAGUUCAGGAUCAACAGACUUCACAACAGCAGCAGCAACAACUUAGUCAUCCAGUAGCACAAUAUCCGUCGGGAAGAAGACAAUCUGUAGGAUUACCAGAGGAUAAACACCCUUCAACCGGUCAAUUGCCACCUCCGCCAUACAAUCAAGAAAAAAGUAAUGACAGAACUCAGCAUGUGUCUCAGACUAGCACUCAGACAGUACCGGUGCAAGCGUAUCCACAAUUUGCUUCUGAUUACGACCAAAAUCAAUAUCCGCAAAUACGAGGACAAUUUGAGGUCAGAUCGCAGAUCUAUCCUCAAACGCAAUAUUCCGAUAGAGCUGGUUAUGUAACCAGAGACGUAACUUAUCGUGAUCCGACUCUUUACAGUCAAAGCGGUGCGACCAAUCCCAUAUUUACUGGACAGGGUCAAUACGUAACAGUUCAACAUGGUUCACAGAUACCUUCGCAAUCUGCCAGUCCACAGCCACCGUAUUACUCGGGUGUAAUCGUACCACAACCACCGAGUUAUGCUCAAUUUGGUACACAGCCGCAAUAUUCUUAUAGUCAAUAUCCGCAGACAGUUAUGAACGCCAUACCGUAUAAUCCACAUACCGGCACUAUUUAUCCCGCUCAACAAUACCCUGGUCAACAAUCGCCGAAUCCGCAGAGAUUUUCGCAAGAGAUCGGCCAGUAUCAAACACAACCGAUUAUUCAGCCGAUCGCUCAGAAUGUAACACAUGGGAUUGCUAUCCAGACGACGGAGCGACCUUGUCGAGGACCGAAGCCAAUGGUGCCGCCUCGUGGCAAUUCCAAGAUUACCACCCAUGAUCCUGGACAUAGAAAGUCCGCCAGCGUUGAUGUGCCAGCGUUGCAAAAGGCGAAGUAUGAGUCAACGCCGACUGCUCAACAAGAUUCAAUUCAUCGUAGCGAUGGCACCAUAAUUAUGACAGGCGCGCCAAUCGGUCCGGAUGGGACGGAUAGAAGAUAUCUAACCACAAUUAAUCAAAAUCCCAGAACAAGACAAGAUGGUCUGUAUGUAGAUACAAAUGGUGAUCAGUCCGGCAGAGAAAAACUAAUCGAUACAAUAGCCACGGAAUGCGGCUUAUAUGUGUCCAGAUCGGAGCAUAGGAAAUCUAUAUCGGUCGAUGUAACUACCAGCUUCCAAAGACGCAAUGAUACGAUAACUUUUACGUUUCCUGGCGAUGGUAAUCAAGAGACUAUGUCGGCGAGAAAAGCUACAACUGCAGUAGACGCGAAGAGAGUCGAGACUAAUCAAAUAUUUCCCACUGAACAAAGGAGACUGGAUGCGGGUCUGCGUGUAUCGCCGAUGGCGUUUGAUGCAAGACAAGAAAAUAGAAAGAGUAUAGGGGCUGAUAGGAAGCCCGAAUGGGGUAACGUGAGUCCGAAUCAGAGAACCGCUUCUUCAGAAAACAGACGAUCGGAUUAUUUUGAAGAACACCGAAGAUCACCCAUGAAUGUAGAAGGUAAAAGAAUAGAAGAUGUAAGGAGAUCGCCUAUGCCGUUUGUGCCAAUUCGUGAAACAUCUGUUGAUCGCGCCGGACAGAAAAGUCCUUCCUUUGUCAGCCAAAACUUCGAGAAAACUAGACAGGAGCUAGCGAUCUGGGCAGAACAACGUCAACGGCAAGAACACGAAAGGAGCAUUAUGCAAGGUCCGAUAUUUACAACAAGUCCUCGUUCUCGUAAUCCGUCAGAAGAGAGAAGAGAUAUCAGGUCGAUUCAUCCACUGGAUGACCGAAAAGAGUCGAGAAUGUCUCAAUCGGCCUUUCAACCCAUUCCUAAUAUCAGUCAGAGUACUAUAAUGGAGCAACGUCGACAUCUGAGACACGUUAGCGCUGAUCUGACGAAACACAUUGAACUUUCAAGAAAAGAUUUUGAUGAACAACCCAUCACGGGAUCCGUAGUAAAUCUGGGAUCGGUAGCUAGUACUGCUUCAUCGCAAAGAGCCAGUCCGAAUCUUUGUCAUCAAUAUCCAGCUCUCAGUGAGGCAAAAAUAGAUACGAAAACCGUGUUGACUGUGGUUACAGAUUUUGGCGAGUCGGUUGCCAGCAAACCGAUUGAUCAAGUUGAUCACAUAAUUCACAGUCAUCGUAAAAGUCACAAUACUUCCUCUAAUUUACUAACUCACAGUAAAAGCCAGACGGAAAAUUUGCAGAAUACGCUAGAGAACCAGAGCGAGAAAAUAGAUUCUCUUCAGGCUCAGCAACAACAGUUGCAGAAUCAACAGAGUCUCGAUUUAAUCUCUGAAAAAUUAAGUCAAUUCGAACGUCAGCAGAGCGAUCUUCAAGCCAAGCUGCAGUGUCUUCAGAAUCAGAAUCAAAUUCUGGAUAAAGUGGCGCAAUUUCAGCAUCAGCAGAGCGAUCUUCAAGCUCGGUUGCAAAAUUUGCAGAAUCAAGGUCAAUUGAAUGAUAAAACUCACAAGAUAUCUGGUGACUUUGCGCAACUUCCAAUGACAAGUGAUACACAUCAGAUUCAAGCGAGCCCUCUUCCAAAUCAUCAGGAACAAUCAUCAGAUAAAUCUUCCUCGACUCAUCAACCAGUUCACGGUCUUCAUCAGACACUUCUGACUACUGCGUAUCCGCAAAGUGCCACCCACCAAGCCUGCCAAUCGUCCGUGUGUGAGAAACUGACAUCUCGCGUACAACACGACGUUUCCGAUCCGAAUUCUAUUCAGAUACCGAACAUGUCGCAAAUGCCAUUACCGUGCCUCCCGCAAUUCGAUCGCGCUGACGCGUCGCGUACUUCGUUCUCCCAGUUUCAUCGAUUUCAGAUUGAGAAUCAUGAGGGUGCUUUAGCGACGAGUGCUGUAUCUGCCAGUUCUUUCACCGGUACGCUGAAGAAAAUACCGCCGGAAAAACCACCACGGACGUCCUUGAUAGUGCAGUCGCCGGAAGCUGAGAGUAAUCGCAGCCAACCAGCUAUCGGAUUGAAGCAAACGCCAAAAGCACGGCCGACUAUUUUCGGAACAGUAGCCUCGGAUCUCAACCCCAAGGAUGGAAAUAGCCGAAAGAGUUUACCGCAAACACCAGCCGGUGGUGCUGGUGGGAAAGCAGGCGCGAGUAGUACCGGCUCAAGUGCUGGGAUGGUCAAUGGUGCUGGUGCCGAUCAUGAAAACAUCCGGGAUGGUGCUGGCAUAGAUACAGAGCUCGCUUUGGUGUACCGAGACGGCAACCUCGUCUCAGGCUCACUUGAGGCGUUGGUGCAGCAUAUGGUACCUACGGAGGAAUAUUAUCCCGAUCGGGCGUACCUCUUCGCCUUUUUGCUGAGCGCCAGGCUCUUCAUCAAGCCGCACGAGCUUUUGGGCGAGGUUUGCGCUCUCUGCGAGCAUCAGCAAAAUCUGAAUGGAGAGGGCGGUAAGGAACGACUGCAUCGCUUCGUGCCGCGACUAGUGCAGCUGCUGGCGGAAUGGACGGAAACAUUCCCGUACGACUUCCGAGACGAGAGGGUGAUGGGUCACGUCAAAUCCAUCACGCAAAAAGUCGCUGCGGUCGACGCUGCGGCCAGGCAGGAAGUUUCGGCAUUGCUGCAAAACUUACUGCUACGACUGACGGCCUUGGAAAGGUACGAGGAAGGCCUGGCUAGACUGGCGACCGAGGCAGCAACCGAGCAGCUUACACAGGUGGAUAUUACAGAACUCUGUCCAUCAGCCACUGUGCUGGCACAACAAUUGACCCAUGUGGAACUCGAGAGACUCUCUUACAUCGGACCCGAAGAAUUUGUGCAAGCCUUUGCUAAAGAGUCGCCGCAUUUAGAAACAUCCUUCAAAGAUAUGAAGAAAACCCGAAAUCUCGAAUCGUAUGUUCAAUGGUUUAAUAGAUUGAGCUACUUCGUAGCGACGGAAGUUUGCAAGCAUGCAAAGAAGAAGCAACGUGUUCGUGUCGUCGAAUAUUGGAUCGAGACUGCUCGAGAAUGUUUUAACAUUGGCAACUUCAAUUCCCUGAUGGCGAUCAUCGCUGGCCUUAACAUGUCCCCUAUAUCUCGCUUGAAGAAGACGUGGUCGAAAGUACAAUCUGCCAAGUUCUCAAUUUUGGAGCAUCAGAUGGAUCCUAGCAGCAAUUUUAGCAGCUAUCGCAGCACGUUGAAGGCCGCAAUGUGGCGUAGCGCUGGUGCUACAGACGAACGCCAACGGAUCGUAGUGCCCUUCUUCAGCCUUCUCGUUAAGGAUCUUUAUUUCCUCAAUGAAGGCUGCAGCAACAAAUUGCCAAACGGCCAUAUCAAUUUUGAGAAAUUCUGGCAGCUAGCGAAGCAGGUAACUGAAUUUAUCGCGUGGAAGCAAGUUGCCUGUCCAUUCGAGAAGAAUCCACGCGUCAUUGCUUUUCUUCAGGCGAGUCCCGUGCUAACGGAAAACACACUUGCGCUAGCGUCUUUCGAGUGCGAACCGCCCGAUAAUAAUCCGGAAAAGGAACGUUAUAAAGCUUUAAAAUCUGAGAUGAAUGCCCAGUGAAAGCGAGCUAUGCCAAAACAUGCCGAAUGGGAACGAUAUUGAUAUAGAUAUACAUGUGGAGAUACAUUUAUAAAUAUUAAUAUAUUCAUAAUCGUAGUUAGUUUAUUCGUGAAGAAAAUGAUGAGAGAAAAAAAUGAAGUGAAAGAUCGCGACAGCUAAUUAAAGUAUUACUGGGACGACUUACGUGAGAUUAGGUAUUUCUGUCUUGCGAAUUUUUAUGAUGAUUAAAAAUUCUCAAUGACGAUUUGGCAUCAUCGGAAACGUCAUUUAAUCGCGAUCUGUACAAUUAUCGCUUGACUUUCUAUUUUUUGAUUUUUUAUUUAUUUUAACUAUAUAUACAGUUUAAAGUAUUUAAUUUUUUAUUAAGUAUUUAAUUUUUUAUUCUCUCGAUUUUAUCUUUGAACGAGCUUUUGUUAAUUAUUCGAUAUCUGCAAAUUAUCAUCGGAAAAAGAUAUCAUUUGUGCAACGCAAUAGGUAUGACAUUUAUUCAAAAUUUUUUUAUUUUAAAAAUCUAACAAUAUAGGGAGUAAAUAAUUGACAUGUGCCUAAGGGGCAAUCGGUAUUAAAAUGCGAGUCGUCAAUAAAAUGAAAUUCUACCGAUCGAUCGAUUUCGAUAGUAUUUAUGAGUAUCAUGAAUCGAAGCUUCGACCAUUUUAAUAGCCGAAAACUUUUAUGGUCAUCGUGGCCAUGAAUAUUGAGUUAUGCACGUCUUGAAGAUGAUUGUGAAAUUCGCUCGACAAUGUCGCGUAGCCGUAAGUAUAGUUCCUAAGUCUUCGACUCGUUGGCAGCUUUUCUCUCGAGCGCGAGAAUCGAAUCGCACGAUUCUCUUUAUAUUUCCGGACAAUUCCCGAAUACGAUACAAGGAUUUCGAACCCGCUCGAGAAAGACGCGAGUGACGUGCUCGAUCUUUUGUACAUAGUCCUUUUGAUAUACGUUAACAGACAUUUAGGUGUGAGAAGUAGGGUCGUUCCUGUAGAGUAAGCCCGGGCGAUAAAUUUGGGAGCGAUAGGUCGUAAGAAAAUCUCGUCAUGCACGUACUUAAGAGGAUGAGCAACCAAUCGCGAAAACGAUCAUCAAUCGAGGCGAGGAUGAUGAAGAAAUCGAAAAUAUCGGCGAAUUGAUUGACAUGGCUCGGCCGUGUUUCUCGUGCGUUUGACAUAAAUUGAUUCGAUAAAAUAAUAGUCGCCGUUUCCGUUUCUCCUGUGACGCACGCAAGUAAAAUCCGUGAAAAAUUUACGUGACUACGGAUUUACGCGCGAUAUAGCGAUCGAAAUAAAUUCGGUUGUAAUGAUAAUAGUAGUGUGAUUUUUCGUAAAAUUUGACUGCGAGUAAAACGAGAGAGAAAUGAUUUGAAGAUAUCUUACAUAAAUUGUAAUUAUAAAUUAUAUCGUGACAUACGUAAAUUUACGAAAAGGUGUUCAAAAUUCGUCAAUAUUUAUCAACGUUCAAUUUAUCAAUUUAUCGAUUUAAUCAACAAAUGACUAAUGAUCAUAAAAAAUUCAGCAGUAAAACAUGUAUACGUAAGCGUAUGUAAACAUACUCGUAAAUGAAUACAUUUGAGUGUCAAAUAAAUUAAGUUAUUGUGAAAAAUUGGCAGAUCAAUUUUUUCCAGAAUGAAUUAGGCUCGGUAAUUAAUAUGAUCAUUAAACAUGUAAAUGUAGUAUGCCGUGCCUUUGAUCGAUCAUAGAAAAACUAUAUUAAACGUAAAAUUUAACAAAUUAUUAAAAAAAAUAUAUGAAAUAUUAAACAUCAGAAACGCGUAUUCUUAACGCGUGCGUCACUAUUCUCUCCGCGAAAUUACGUAUGUUUUCCCCGUAAAAUCGAAGUCUUCAUAGGAAGUGAGAUUACAAAUCUGCCAUAAAAUAAUACGUCAGAUAGAAAGAGAGAGAUACCCAUUUCUCUUUUUAUAUUUAAGCGCAAAUAUUUGCCUAGAUAAAUUCAAGAAAAGAAGACAUAUGUGUUUCCGAGCAGUUAUAGGGACCAAGAGUUUGUUUCUCCCGUGUACAUAAACUUUGCCUAUGGCGUGAAAAAGUACCGGGAAAUUGCAAUUGCACGAUCGAAGGAGAGAAAUAAAAACAAACUGUUUCGAAUUUUGCUCACUGGGUCACGACUUUGUGGCCUGAGAGAAAAAUUGCACGCAAAUCGAAACGCGUUUCCAAAUCGCGAUUUCGUUUACCUGAAAUGGAUGUGUACACAUAAAUUGAAGAAAUAACGAUGUUAUGUAAUAACAUUUCACUAUUCUUCGAAACGAUAACACGCGUUACAAAAUAUAAAAUCUCUUCCAACUCUUUCGUUCCUCUCGUCCAUUCCGUUUCCAUUUGGUCCUUAAUAAAAAUUUCAUAUCUGUUCUAAUUUCUUUUUGAGGUCAACAAAAACGAUCAAUACUGAUUGUCAGAAAUAGUCAGUCGUGUUUUUUUCUUUUUUUUUUUUUUGUUGAGAAUGACUUUUUUACAUUUUUCAUAUGUUCGAGAAACUGGAGACAAUCUCGAUUUUCUUUCCUUUGUACACAUUUUCGUAACUAAUAUACAUUUUUAUGAGACUUGUAUUUUAAUCGCGUUUUUCUCUCGCGGCACAUGAAGUAAAAAAAUGACAAGAGAUACGAAAUGCACUUAGUACACCAAGUGUACAGAAAGAUUGCGUAACAAUGAAAGUAUAAUUUAUUGAUCGAAACGAGAUAAAUUACGCGAGCUCUGCGCGAAUCAGGUCAUCGUAAGAAUACUCAUCUCGAUAUAUUAUUAAGAUAAUUGUUGACCCAUGCACAAAUCAUUACGAAUCAUUCACUUUUUCUAUAUAUUUUUCGCCAAACAGUGUCUUCAUUAUUACGUAUCUUUUAUAUGCAUUUGUUAUUAAAGACUCACUCAGUGUUUUCAUUAUAAAAGAUUUUUUUUAAUUUUAUAUAGUAAAAUAUAUUAAUAAAAUGUGUGUAGUUAUAAAAAAUGAAAAAAAAAACACAUGUAAGCAUGCGCCGAAACUUGUUGUUACAAACAACAUUUUUUUUAACACUUUUACAAAUUUACAAGUGCCCAGUAUAUAUAAUCCGUCAGUUUUUUACUUACCAUUUACCAUGUUAUAUAUUUGAUAAUUAUCUUCAUCCAAUAUUAUCAGCUCGAUUAACAUUAUUAUCAAAUCGAUUCGCGGAUAUUCGAACGAGAUCUGGUUAUGCCGCGAGCUCGUGGCAAUUUUCCCUAAGUAAUAACAACAACCAACAUAUGCACGUUACCGUAAAUCAACAGUAAAGCAAAUUACACCAUCAUUUUUUGUUUUUAAGCGGCGCGCGUGUUACAUUGUCAAUAAUAAUAGCGUUAUAUCGUGGUCGCGUAUCGAUCAUGAUCCGCUGUUCAUUAUCGCUUCGACCUUUUCUGCUCAAUAUCGUUAAUCCGCUUGAAAUCAUUGCCGUUCAUUUCGCUCUUCAGAUAGCAUUAUUUUGGUUUUUCUAUCAUACCAUUUUGUAUUAUUUAUUUAACAAGCACAACACAAUAAGUUUGCUAAGCAAGAAUAUCGUUGUGAACAUGCAGCACAUCGAUGAACAAUCUUUUCCUUUCCUUUUGAUACAGCAAAAUAUUUUUCCGGAUAUUGAUUUCCCAUUUAUUAGCACAAUAUUUUGACCAUCAACAAUUAUCCAAUCACUAUCUUUCUCCUCGCAUUCGACGACACUCUAGCGAUGUUCUAUAGGUAAUAAUUCUGUACAUAAGAAGAAAAUCGUGUGUGUAUAUAUGAUUAUAUACGUAUCUGUACGUUUUUUAGAUUUAAAGUAUAGGCCGCAAUCGAAUUUAGGUAUCAGCGGAAAUGGAUCCGUUUCGCGGCAGAAUCUACGACCUAGUAUCAGCGACUAUAAUCGCGGAUCGGUCAAUCCGAGAUUGCCUAAUACGACUUUAAAGUAUGUUCGUAUGUUUAUGUAUGUAUGUGUCCUCGAGCGCGCGAUUGAUUAGAUGACGAAGGUAAUUCUUGCUUAAUAUCUAGUCAUUAGAUCGUUAGUUUGAUCCGAAUUUGUGUCAUUAAACGUAGCUUGUAUUUAUUUUUUUUUUUUUAUAUAUAUAUUUAAAUUAUUACACAAAUCUCUUUUCUUCUCUACUCGAGAUUUAUUUAACUAUGUCACGAAUGCGUUACAAUUCUGUAUAAAACUUUCUCUUAAUGUAUAUAAGAUUUAUAUUAAAAAAUUAUUAUUAAAAUAUUUUAGAAUACUUAUCUUUAUGUAUAUUAAUAUUUACAUUUUUAUCAUUAUACUUUUUCCAUAUUUUUAUUAUGAUAUAUUUCUUAGUGACACAGAUUCGGGCCAUUUUAUGCUUAAAUUAAGUGUAUUCGAGUUAAGUAUUUAAAACAUUAAUUUCAGCUUUAAGCUUAAAACUCAACAUUCCCUUAAAAAGCAUAAUUGUACUAUGCGAUAUAGAUAGGAUAUCUCUUUUAUAGAUUUCUGCGAGCUCAUUCUUUGUUUGUCAUCUUAUAGCAAAUAUCUACAACCAAUGCGUUUAAUAUUUUUAAUAUUUUUAAUAUUUUCCCAAAAUUUUUUUUUUACAUACAUACCCUGGUACAUCAAGCGUAUCCAAAUCUCGUUUGCAAGAUUGUUAUUCGAGACUAUUAAUUAAUUUCUUGCCAACAAAGGACUUCAACGAUCGUAUAUCUAAUGUGAUUUGUAAGUUUUUUUAUGUUUCCAAGUGUUCGUAAGCAUAAUAAAAAAAUCAAUAUAACAUAUAUUUGGGAGAAUGGAGGUUUGACUUUCAGUUUUACGAAGAUUGUACCGAAAGGAAUAAUCGUGGCACGAUUUCUAUAAAUAAUAAAUGCAAUGAGAGCAUGAAUCUUUUAACAUGAAUAUCAUUAGUAUCGACGAAAACGGAUGCCAUAUUUUCAAAAAUAAAAAAUUACUUUUUCUAGCAGACUUUUAUUGCAUUGAUAACUUUAAAUUGUCGCACUUUUCUGUGCGCAAAUUCUUAGAUUUUUCCUUAACGAAUCAUGAUUUUGGUACAAUCUUCAUAUUAAAGCGUAAAAAGUCUUUCGAACUUUAUAUUGAAUCAAUGUUUUAAAAUUGUGCUAUUAUUUUACAUAUUGAUUACUGUUCUCGUCGUUUUUAUAUAUUUAUCCUUCAAGAAAGCGAAUAGUGGGAGAGGUAAUUUAAUAAACGAGCAAUACGAAAUUUUUUAGCUCCUGUCUGAUCAAUCUAAAUUAUAAAAGCGUAAUAAUGUAACUCGGAUAUGUAAGUUCAUACGGCAAGCAUAUUGUUUCUUUCGCUACGUUUCCACACAACUUAUAAACGCCAUCCGUUGAGUUGUCACUUUGAAUUGAAUCGGGUCAGAGAUAUACAAUGUUGGGACUAUUGUACAUAAAAUAGGCUCAAUUAUGUAACAGCGACAGAAAUGCAGCAAUUACAAUAUUACUGUAGAAACGACGAUGUCUUAUGAAAUAAACUGCAAAUUAACAAAAUUA